CCAACCCGGGCUCAGGUAGCGGCCAGUAAACUAGGAGACAGCCCUAAGCCUCGCGUCCGGGCCAGACGUGUAUGCCUCGCACCCUCUCCUCACACCCCCAUGGCUCUGCCGCCGCAGCCGCCGCCCGCCGGGGCCCGUGACCCGGUGACCCCGGAGCACUGGGCAUCCCGACCCCCCUCGCCGGCGCAGCCGCUAUUAAAGCAGGAGGCUAAAGAGGAGGAGGAAGGGGAGGAGACAGGCAUCCAGGGCGCCUGGGGAACCAGCACGCCGGAGCAGCGGCGGCGGGGCUUCGGAGAGGCCGCCCAGCCGGCCGACUCGGCCGAGGAGGGGCAGGCGAAGGCCGGGGGCGCCGCGGCCGCGAGGUCAGGUUCCCCGGCGGGAGGCGCAGGUGGCGGCGGCGAGGGCUGGCAGCGGCUCCUCGCCUGGCUGCAGCGGAGGCAGCCCCAGUGCUGCCCCUGUGCGGCGCCCCUUCCCCGCUCUGCCGCGCACUGUUGUCAUGGAGGAACCAAGAUGGCGGCUCUGGCCUACAACCUGGGCAAGCGGGAGAUCAACCACUACUUCAGCGUGAGGAGCGCCAAAGUGCUGGCGCUGGUGGCUGUGCUGCUGCUCGCAGCGUGCCACCUCGCCUCCCGCCGCUACCGAGGCAAUGAUUCAUGUGAAUACCUUCUCUCAAGUGGCAGAUUUCUGGGAGAGAAAGUUUGGCAGCCUCAUAGUUGUAUGAUGCAUAAAUACAAAAUCAGUGAAGCAAAGAACUGCCUUGUAGAUAAACAUAUUGCAUUUAUUGGAGAUUCCAGAAUUCGUCAAUUGUUUUAUUCUUUUGUAAAAAUAAUUAAUCCCCAGUUCAAAGAAGAAGGAAAUAAGCAUGAAAACAUUCCUUUUGAAGACAAGAUUGCAUCAGUUAAAGUGGAUUUUCUGUGGCAUCCUGAAGUUAACGGUUCUAUGAAACAGUGUAUCAAAGUGUGGACUGAGGAUUCCAUUGCAAAACCCCAUGUGAUUGUAGCAGGAGCUGCCACAUGGUCCAUCAAGAUUCACAAUGGUAGCAGUGAAGCACUUUCUCAGUAUAAAAUGAACAUUACCUCCAUAGCACCACUUUUAGAAAAAUUAGCAAAGACUAGUGAUGUUUAUUGGGUCUUACAAGAUCCUGUUUAUGAAGAUCUAUUAAGUGAAAAUAGGAAGAUGAUCACUAAUGAGAAGAUAGAUGCUUACAAUGAGGCUGCAGUCAGUAUUUUGAAUAGUAGCACCAGAAAUUCUAAAUCAAAUGUUAAGAUGUUCAGUGUUUCCAAAUUAAUUGCUCAAGAAACCAUCAUGGAAUCUUUGGAUGGCUUACAUCUUCCUGAAUCAAGCAGAGAAACUAGUGCAAUGAUUCUUAUGAAUGUGUAUUGCAAUAAGAUUUUGAAGCCUGUAGAUGGGUCCUGUUGUCAACCUCGGCCUCCUCUUACUCUCAUACAGAAGCUAGCUGCUUGUUUUUUCACUUUAUCUAUUACCGGAUAUUUAAUUUUUUACAUAAUUCAUCGUAAUGCUCAGCGGAAGAAUAAGCCAUGUACUGAUUUGGAAAGCGGAGAGGAAAAGAAAAAUAUUAUCAAUACCCCUGUGUCUUCAUUAGAAAUACUUUUACAGUCUUUCUGCAAACUUGGCCUGAUUAUGGCAUAUUUCUAUAUGUGUGACCGUGCAAAUCUGUUCAUGAAGGAAAACAAAUUUUAUACACAUUCUUCUUUCUUUAUUCCAAUUAUCUACAUUUUGGUUUUGGGAGUAUUUUACAAUGAAAAUACUAAAGAGACUAAAGUAUUAAAUAGAGAGCAAACAGAUGAAUGGAAAGGCUGGAUGCAACUUGUGAUUUUGAUUUAUCACAUUUCUGGAGCAAGUACAUUUCUGCCUGUAUACAUGCACAUUCGAGUUCUGGUUGCUGCAUAUUUAUUUCAGACAGGGUAUGGGCAUUUCUCAUACUUUUGGAUCAAAGGAGAUUUUGGAAUCCAUAGAGUAUGUCAGGUUUUAUUUCGUCUCAAUUUUCUGGUAGUGGUGUUAUGUAUAGUAAUGGAUCGACCUUAUCAAUUCUAUUACUUUGUCCCCUUGGUCACUGUAUGGUUCAUGGUCAUAUACAUUACUUUAGCACUGUGGCCACAAAUAAUCCAAAAAAAAGCAAACGGAAAUUGCUUCUGGCAUUUUGGCUUACUGUUGAAACUAGGCUUUUUGCUGUUAUUCAUAUGUUUUUUGGCAUAUUCUCAGGGUGCAUUUGAGAAGAUCUUUUCUCUUUGGCCAUUGUCCAAGUGUUUCGAGCUAAAAGGGAAUGUAUAUGAAUGGUGGUUCAGAUGGAGGUUAGACCGUUAUGUAGUUUUCCAUGGAAUGCUGUUUGCCUUCAUUUAUCUGGCUUUACAGAAGCGUCAAGUACUUUCUGAAGGAAAGGGUGAACCUCUUUUUUCAAACAAAAUUUCAAAUUUUCUGUUGUUUAUUUCAGUAGUUUCUUUCUUGACCUAUUCCAUCUGGGCUAGCAGUUGUAAAAACAAAGCAGAGUGCAAUGAACUCCACCCAUCUGUUUCUGUGGUACAGAUUUUAGCCUUCAUCCUAAUAAGGAACAUUCCUGGAUAUGCCCGUUCAGUUUACAGUUCCUUUUUUGCUUGGUUCGGAAAAAUUUCAUUAGAGAGUUUCUCCCUUGUUGCCCAGGCUGGAGUGCAAUGGCACAAUCUUGGCUCACCUCGACCUCUGCCUACUGAGUUCAAGCGAUUCUUUUGCCUCAGCCUCCUGAGUAGCUGGGAUUACAGGUCCUAGUGAGUCAGAGGUCUAAACCCUGACCACAGAAAUGCAGUGUUCUCAUUAGCCAGACCUGAGAUCUUGUGCAAGGUGUGGAGUCACCUUUGGUGGAAGUACGUGGCUGGAAAGUAGAGCAGCAAUGGUUGUGUAAAGUUGCUAGAAGAAGGUAAGUUGAUACUGGGCAGAAACUACAACUACCUGUUUUCAUGAUGUUGCCUUUGGGUCUGUGCCCAUACUGUUUCUUCUGACCAAAAUGUUAAGCAUGAGUGGCACAUAAUUAGUCUUCAAAUCUUGUCUUCAGAUAUUUUCUCUUCAGAUAGACCUCUGUUCUGAUAAUUUAAUUCUAAAUAGCUUUUGAAUCUGCCACCACUAUCCUAGUCAGAGCUACCAUUUCCCCAAUUAUAUCUACAAUAGAUUUCUGACUGGUAUAACCACACCCACUCUUCUCAACUGCCCUAUCUGCUCUCUAUAUUAUUGUUGCAUUAUUUGUAUAUAUAAAAAGGUUAAAUAUGACCACAUCACAUUUUUCAUUCUUAAAACCCUUCAGACUUUUUCUCCUUUACGUUCAUGGAUGGUUUUUGCCUACCUACCUCUUAGAUCUCGCCUACCCCUGUACUUCACCAUCUCUUGCCUAGUCUCCGUACUGUGGCUACAUUGGACUUUGAUGGAACUCUAGACUUGCUAGGAUCUCUUCUUUCAAAGGGCUUAGAUAAUGCUGUUCUAUCUGCCUCAAACAUUUUUUCUUAUUCCUCAUCAUCUUAGCUUUUUUUGGCAUUUCCUUAAAUUUUUAUUGAAGAUUUUCAAUUUACUCAAGUAAGAUAUGAAUACAUUCUUCCUUACAAAAAUAUCAAAAAUUAAAACAUUGCAGAUAAAGUCAGGGUAUAGGGUAUAACUUUCCUAAUCUUAGCGCCAUCACAAGUUGUUAGUUUUUUUUUCUAAAAUCACCUUUGUUCCAACAGAUGGCCUAAGAACUCUUGAGUCACUUCUCUUGUCACCUAAGGCUACUCAUCUUAGGCUGCAAAGCUGCCAAUUAUUUCAGAAUGCACAUAGAGUUUACUCCUGCCCCUACCCUUUUGUUCAUACGUGGAAUACUUCUUCCCAAACCAGCCUGAAGCAUAUCAUUCUCUUAGUUUCUUUUCAAAUAAAACUCAAUCUACAUUUUCUGUUGCAGUUUGAACAGGGAGCAGUCAGCCAGGGUGUUGCAAAGGAUCACCAACUGCAUCAUUGUCAAGCACCCUCUUCAGGGAACCCUUAUUCCUUCAGUUAACCAUAGUCCAUGGGUUCGCUUUUGAUUUACAGAUUCGGGAGUCUGAUUUUGCCAGAAUCCCAUAAAGAGAGCUACCUUUUAGGGAUAGACUCACAUUAGACACAUAGACUCAUAUGGCCAAUUUUUAAAUUUACAGUGAAAAAUAUCCUUCUCCUAGUGCCAUGAACAGUGCUGUGUCAGCCUCAAGAGAUAAACAUGAGAAUCCAAACUAAAAUUAGAAAUUGCUUGGUGCAUAUGAAAUCAAACUGAAAAGCUCUUAGAACAUAGUAUCAAGUCUCUUCCCAGAACGUGGUACUAACUUACAAUCUCACUGACUAUAUAUCAAUGACCAUUUUAAUACACUGUCCAACACUGUCAGACAGACAAACAUCCAUUCUCAUUGUUUCAGUUAACAUCAAAAGGCAUUUUUUUUUCAUUUCAUUUCCUGCUUUCAAGUUCAGAGGUAUAUGUGUAGGAUGUGUAGGUUCGUUACAUAGGUAAAUGUAUGCCAUAUGGUGUGCUGCACAAAUCUUCCUAUCACCCAGGUAUUAAACCCAGUACCCACUAGAUAUUGUUCCUGAUCCUCUCUCUCUUCCCACCUCCUGCCCGCCAACAGGUCCCAGUGUGUGUUGUUACCCCUGAUGUGUCCAUGUGUUCUCAUUAUUUAGCUCUCACUUAUAAGUGAGAACAUGUAUUUUGUUUUCUGUUCCUGUGUUAGUUUGCUAAGGAUAAUGACCUCAAGCUCCAUGCAUGUCCCUGCAAAGGGCAUGAUUUCCUUCCUUUUUAUGGUUGCAUAGCAUUCCAUGGUGUAUAUGUACCACAUUUUAUUUAUGCAGUCUAUCACUGAUGGGCAUUUAGAUUGAUUCUGUCUCUGCUGUUGUGAAUAGUGCUGUAGUGAACAUAAAUGUGCAUGUAUCUUUAUAAUAAUUUAUACCCCUUUGCAUGUGUACCAGCAAUGGGAUUGCUGGGUUGGAUGGUAUUUCUGUCUCUAGGUCUUUGAGAAACCACCACAAUGUCUUCCACAAUGGUUGAACUAAUUUACACUCCCACCAACAGUGUAAAAGCAUUCCUAUUUCUCCACAACCUUGCCAUCAUCUGUUAUUUUCUGACUUUUUAAUAAUAGCUAUUCUGACUGGUGUGAGAUGGUAUCUCAUUGUGGCUUUGAUUGAUUUGCAUUUCUGUAGUCAGUGAUGUUGAUAUUGAGCUUUUUUUUUUUUUUUUGAGUCUCACUCUGUCGCCCAGGCUGGAGUACAGUGGCACAAUCUCAGCUCACUGCAACUUACAGCUGCUGGGUUUAAGCGAUUCUCCUGCCUCAGCCUCCUGGGUAGCUUGGAUUAUGGGUGCCUGCCACCACGCCUGGCUAAUUUUUGUAUUUUUAGUAGAGACGGGUUGGCCAGGCUGGUCUUGAACUCCUGACCUCAAGUGAUAUGCCCGUUUUGGCCUCCCAAAAUGUUGGGAUUACAGGCGUUAGCCACUGUGCCUGGCCAGCUUUUUUUUUGUUUGUUGACCAUAUGUAUGUCUUCUUUUGAGAAUUAUCUAUUCAUAUCUUCUGCCCACUUUUUAAUGCUUUUUUUUUCUAGUAAAUUUGUUUGUUUCUUACAGAUGCUGGAUAUUAAACCUUUGUCAGAUGGAUAGAUUGCAAAAACUGUCUCUUAUUCUGUAGGUUGUCUGUUUACUCAGUUGAUAGUUUCAUCUUAGCAUUUACUGCUCAUUCUUUUGGUAUCAACCAAACUUUAGGGAAGCUUCUCUGACCUUGCUGACUAGGUCAAGUCCUGCUGUGAUAAACUUUUAUAGCAACAAUUACUUUCCAUCAUAGCAUUUAUCACUAUUACAGGUUGGAAUUUAUUUGUAUAAGUACUUGAUUAAUAUAUCUUUUCCACUAGAAUGUAAACUCCUUGAGAACAAGCCAAUGUCUAAUUUGGCUCACCAUUGCAUCCUUAGAACACUAUCUGACUUACAGUAAUGUAUUAGGCAUUCAGUAAGUAAGCAGAUAGUAGAGGUGUUUAAUAGGAAAUUCUGAAAUGCAAAUUUUUGAAGCUGCCCUAUUUUAGGAUGGCUUGCUUAAAGGCUUUUAUUCAUCCCUAAUUGGUGUGGUCAAGACAUGAGAAGUAAUAGCUCAGGUCUUGGACCAUUGAUCCCAGGGGUCACUCACCUCACCUAUUUGCUAUGUCUUUACUUGGAGGCACUGACCUUGAUGUUAUUUUCUAUUUAAUUUUCUUCUAAGUAUUCUCUUAGCCUAAAAUGUAGUCUUCAUAGCUUUACUUAGUGCUCUUUUCUGUCAUCAGUGUAGACUUACAGAUGUGAAUUUUUAACGCAUGUUUUGACCUAAAUAACUGGUUAGGAGCUUUCAAUUUCAUUACUGCCAUUGGCACUUCUAAAGAUCAGCAAUCCUUUGUUGCUCACUGCCCAGUACCAUUACUGAUCUAGCCUCCAAGUAAAGACUGAAGGCAGAUAGAAAUAAACACACAAGUUUGGUAGGAGACAGCCUUACUAAAGUCAAUGUUUAAAAGAAUCAUGGUCCCUUAAGUCAAUUCGAAAGAACCAGUGGACUGAUGGGAAAUCUUGCAACCUCAGGUACAUCCCAUGUGGAAAUUGAACCUAGACAUUCCUCAAAGAGAGGUUGUCAUGUAUAUGGGUAACUAUAGCUUGGAGGGUGGAAAAGGCACAAACUUUUAGGGAAUUUGGAAUCUAAAUCUAAGUUUACUUGAAUUCCUGAAAAUGUGGAGAACCAUUAUAGUCAGUAUUUUAAGGCAAGGAAUUAUGCUGGCUAACUGAAAAAGGUGUUUUAAAUUUACCACCAGGACCCAAAACUCAACAGACAGCCAUUUACCCACUAUGAGAGUGUAUAGUUGGGAUAGAAAUCCUCAACAUAUGGCAGAAUCCUCACUUUGUAAAACAAAAAACAGAAAAACCCUUAAGUCCUUAAGGACUGUUAGGGUAGCAUCAACGGGGAAAUUAUUUGGACUCUUUUUUCCCAUCAAAAUAUUAAGUCAGAAGCAAGAUUACUUUUUCAGGGGGAACUGCAGAGAUUAAAGCUAUUAUUAAAGAUUUGUAAGAUGCUGGCCAAUGAUUUCUCUCUCCCCAUUCAAUACCUCAGUAUGGUCAAUGCAAAAACCAAUGCUAACUCCAACUCUACUUUCCUGUCUCCAAAUGGCUUCUUUACUAAACAGAUUAAUAAAAUUCCUGAUUUCUGAUCUGUAGUCCAUGAUAUGUCGAUCGUGUGUCACCUUCUUGCUGCUCAAUUGGACUGUUAGGAUUAGGAGCAGUUGAUUUCACCUGACAGGAGCAACAGUUUGUUUACUCUGUGUCUGUGCCAAAAUCCGGUCCUCUGGAGCCUUGACAUUGCAUUCCUCCUAGGCCAUGACUCUGAUACAAUACAUUUACAAUCUCAAGCUGAUUACUCCUGGAGAACAGCAAGUGGCAAUGCCCCAGAUAACUUAGGAAGAAAUAAGAGUAAGUGAGACAUCUUUCAGAAAUAAGAGAACCUGCUUCCUCUGUCCUAGAAAGAAGAGGGAGGUUCUAAUGUCAAUGAUAUGAUAGAGUAUUCUCCCUAAGUGGAAAACAAGUUGCGGUACAUAAUAUUAACAGGGAAUCUUUCUGGAUUUUGGAAUUUUUGUGAUCUCUGGCCAACUAAUAGGUGACAUAAAAAUUUGACCAGAGUAGAUUAAGAGAAGGUUUUCCAGCUAGCCCAGUCUGCAAGGAAAGCUGCCCUGCCAGGUGACAUGAUAGCCACACUGAUCCAAUAGUAUCCAAGAUGCAUGAAGCAGACCAAAAUGGUAAGAAGCAAUAGAGCCUUGAGCAUAAAGAGUUACUGCAAGGAACUCUGGGAUUUUGGAGCUAACUCUGUCAUAUUAGCAGUAACUAUUCUCUUUUUGUGUGACAUCUCCUGUCUUGCUUCUAGAUCCAAAUAUCCUCCCAUUUCAGUGGGUAUAAAGAAAAAAAGAAACAAAUAUCUGAUUAUGAAGUCAGCUAAAUGUGAAACCUGGGCUGCUCUGCAUUAACUGGAUAUCACCAGUUUCACAAUCCAUAAAACUAGGUUUAUUUGAAAAUACUCCAAGUGGUAUAAAAAACAACAGGAUUUACAGGCCACAGGAGUUAAAAUAUUAUUUAAAUGGGUUGCUCAAUUGGAACACUGAAGCACAGACAUUUUAUAUAUUUAUAGGAAGGACUAAAUAAAGUCUUGUGGAAUGAGACUGAACACACAAAUCUGUUUCUAGCAAUUAAAAGAUUUCUACUAAAUAGGAAGCAAAUACUUUAUUGAAAUAAAAUUCACCAGACAUUAGACUUCAUUAAUAUUUAUUUUAAAGAUCAACUUUUAUUGUAACAAAUAUAAAGUCAUCAAUGUUUUACAAAUUAUCAAAAAUGCUUUAAGUACAAAAAAAUACAUUAGUAAAAUGAAAGUUAUGUUGUAUUACUUGGUACACAAUACUGUCAACAUGCACAACAUAUGCCAGAAAAGCUCAUGCAUUAUUGGAAGAGAGAAGAAAUAUGAUAUAACUGCUGUAUUGUCUGAUUAUAAAUUCAUUGCUUCAGUCAGUUUUCUUUCUUCAGGGAUACCAUUUACCUGCAAUGUGUAAGAAUGAAUAUGGGCAGGUGUUAGGGCAUGGUGACUUUUAGAUUUUGAGCAAAGCAAAUUAUGGCAAGGAUAAAAUUUCCAUCUUCUUUAUACAAUGUAAAAUAAUUACAUUGCAUGAUUUCUCUCUAUUUAGUUAAAAAAAAAAAAAAAGAAGAAAAGAAAAAAUUCUAAAUCAGUCCUCUCCUUCUUGGACCAAAGCUAUAUAUUUUAUAUUUCCCAAAAGGUACAGUCUGAAAAUUCCUCCCACAAGAAACAAAAAGAAUGAGGUUGACUGCGGGAUGUAUUACCGUACCUUUUCAUCAUGGCUUUUAAAAAAAUACCAUGUGGGCUGGUAGGGCAGAGAAAAUGAGAAAACCUGAAGGGGCAUCAAACCUAAUGGUUUGGGUCUAGUCCAAAAGAUAGUGCGAUUGUCAGCUUUUAACUGCUCUAUUAUCCCAGCUAGUGCUCAAGUCCAGGACUACAACACCAGCAGCUAGUUCAUUUCUUAAAGUUUUGAUGAGAAUUUAAAAGAAAACAAGUAACUUAAUUAAAAAAAGAAGAACUUCAAGAUAUACUUUCUCCUGAUAAAUUCCAUACAGGUAGCUACAAAUAAAAUUACUUGAUAUCCAAGACAAACUCUUGUUCCUAAAUUACCUUCAUAAAGAAAACUGACAUGUGCAUAGUGUGCUGUGGUACUUGGAAAACUCCAGAUUCUGUUUAACAAUAAUCAUGCAUAAAUGUAGUUUCCUCUUUGCAGUAUUAGAAUAAUCAUGGUAAAAGAAUAGAAAAGCUGUUGUACUCACAAAAAUAUAUGCACAGCACUGAAUCCAUGCAUUUUUAGAUAGAAUAAUUUAGAAAUUGAGAAACAAACUUUUUAUUUAAAUAAAUAGAAUGGCAAUAAGGAAUAUAAAUUGCCCAUUAGCCCUUCUCUCCAGGCGGCAUGCCUCCAUUUAGUUUUUUUGUUUUGUUUUGUUUUGAUAUAGAGUCACUCUGUUGUCCAGGUUGGAGUGCAGUGGUGUGAUCUCAGCUCACUGCAAACUCUGCCUCCUGGUUCAAGUGAUUCUCCUACCCCAGGCUCCCAAGUAGUUGGGACUACAGGCACGUGCCACCACACCCAACUAAUUUUUGUUUUUUUUUUUAGUAGAGAUGGGGUUUCCGCCAUUUUGGCCAGGCUGGUCUCGAACUCCUGACCUCAGGUGAUCCACCCGCCUUGGCCACACACCUGGCCUCCAUUUAGUUUUAAAUGUACCAGAGGUACAAACACACCAAUCUUUUAUAAUUAUAAAAAAAAUGCUAGGGUGGUCUCUCCCUUUGGCAUUAGAUAUUGUAGGGACUCACUGAAAAAACUACAAUAACAACAAAACAACCAAGAGGAGAUAGUGUAUUUUAGUCAGUAAUAUGAUCCAAAUUGCAGAGAAAUGUAAGAAAACAAGAAGGUAAUAGGUUCUAGUGUUAACUAAAAAGAAGAGCAAAGCUUUCUUGACUCAAGCAAAAUGCCUGAUCCUUAAAAUCUGUUUCAGAAAAAUAAUUUUAUAAAUUGAGUUAAACAACCUUAAAAUCCCCUGGGAAAACUCCAACUCUUGUAUUUGUUUAGGUAUAAAUUGUCCUUGUAUUUGAAAAUGCUCUGUUACUAAAAUGUAGCAAGUUAACAAGCAUACUUGCUAAAACAAAUCUAUGUGACUAUUAAAUUGCCCUAAUAUCAUCUACUCAAGUUUCCUAUUUCCCCUAGUGGGUAAGUAAGUAAAGUCUAGAUUUUUAAAUACUCAAAAGAAAUAUUUACUAUUUUUCUAGAAAUUGCCUCCUUUCUACUCAGUCCAUGCCUGAAAUAAUUAAGCAUCAGAAGAGAGACAUCUUAGGAGAGAUGGAAGCUAUAACGUUAAUGAUGAAGAAGUUCUAUGGUUUCCAUUGUAGAAAUAUUCUUUUAGAAAUUUUCUUCUUUAAAAAAAUAGCCAUGAAAUUAGUGGUACUAGGAAUUCAUUUAUCUUUUUCUCUCUUUAGGUGACUCAUUUUUAUAACAAAGUUUGUUCCUUCAUCAAUCUCCUGAAUGCUUACAAAGUAGCAACAAUACAUCAAUAUAUUGAAUAGUCUUGUUGAAACACGUUAGCAUUUAAUUAAAACAAGUAAUCAAAUUGUAGGAAAAAUUCUGAUAAACAUUAUCUUGUAACUAAAAUCUGAUAAACAAUUUCAUUAUACUUGCCUCAAAUCUUUGAAAAGUUGUCAAACGAAAAUCUCCUUAAAUUCAGGAAAGCAGUAAUAGAGAAGAUAAUUUCUGAAUGAAAACAUUUCUGUAUGUGCCUGAAGUUUUUAAGAGACUUACUUAAUAGUUUCCCUACCACAAUGCCACUAUUCAUACUUAGAAUUCCACACCCAACUUACAUUUUUAAAACUUCUCUUGCUUUUCCAAAAGAGCUACAAAGGCAUUAAUGGUUGCCUGGCAAUUAGAACUAGGAAUCAACCACUAAUUAGAAGACAAUCAUGAAUAAGUUAUCUACUCAGUAUAGAGAUGAAUGAAAUAAUUGGCUGUGGAAAAUUUUUAGGGACACUUGAAAGAAAUAAAGAAAGCAAGUCUUAGGGAAAUAGAAUAGUCCAAGGAGAACUGUCCGCCAUCUUGUUGUCACUGGUCAUGUUAUAACGGCUUUUUAAAGCAGGUUUAAAACCAGGCCAGCCACUUCUCAUUUAUCCCACUGAAGCCUCAGUGAUUAGUCACAAUGGUUUCCUUUUGUAAGAGUCAGUUUCAAGCUGCUCACUUACUGAGACAAAUCCUGGAUGCAUCCAAGCUAAGAAUCUUUCAUACCAAAGGGAAGAAUAGGGAGCUUCACUAAAGGAAAGGGGUUUUAUUCAAUCUUCCUUAAUUAGACAGGACCUCCAUGGAUGCUUUUGCUCUAAGAUCAUUUACCCUAUGUUUAUCAUUCUGAUGCCAAGCUACGUCAUAAUCUAAGCUAUUAUUCUGAGGUUCUAUGUCUAUGUCUAUGACACAAAUCUUAUAUAGUGCCAUAAUUAUCUUUUAAUCUAUUAGAUUCAUCCAUAAACAUGAAUUUAUUAUUCUUAGCACUCACCUGUAGUCUGCUGUUGGGGAAUCUGAGUCUGAUGUGGCAAGUUCCUAGAAAUGAUGAACAUUUUUGAGUAAAGCUGUGUUUGUUACACACUUGUAAAAAGAGAACAGACAUACUAGAUUGAAAAUCUUUACAGGUAACUGUAACUCCAGUAAUGUAAUCCAGCACAAUUCCCCUCCCCCUUCAUGAGUUUACAGAUGAGGAAACUAAGGCCUGAGGAGAAUAAAAAUUAACAAUAUUUGAUAACAUGCAGGAAUCUUUCACUACUUGCUAUACUCUAAAGUACCUCACAACAAUCCUAAGAGGUAGACAUUAAUAUUUUCCCCAUUUUAUGGGUGAGGAGAUAGUCUUGCAAGAGAUAGUCUUGCAAAUCCAACGGCACAUACCUAGGACAUGGAAGGUAAAGAUGUGAACACAGUGGCUUGUGCUCUUAACCUAUAUACUUUCAGAUCCAGGUCUAGAAGACAUAUGCUCACACAUUUUAUGGAAAAUAAAUAUAACCUUCAUUCACUAUCUCAAACAUCUGUGUUCUUUUAUCUUCAUGUCAGGAAUGACAGUGGCCAUGCAUGCAAAUGCAUUAGCAAAAUGCAGAAGUCAUCCUUGUUCCUUCCCUCUCCUUCAGUCCCCACAUUCAUCCACUUAGGGACUUUGGCAUUUCUUUUUGUCUCAUUUGGAUCUGCCCCAUUCUUCCCCAUCUCCAUUGCUAAUUAAUAAUGGCUUGGUUGAAGCCAUCAUAAUUUCUCACUUGGAUCCUUGUAAUCGAUCUGACUUGUUUCCUUGUUCACAUUCUUGUCCCCUUAUAAUCCACUCUGCCUACUGCUGUCAGAAUGAUCUUCUAAGACAGGGGUCUCCAACCCCUGGGCCACAGAACUUGGCUGCACAGCAGGAAGUGAAGAAUGGCAGGUGAGCCAGCGAAGCUUCAUCUGUACUUACAGCUGCUCCCCAUAGCUUGCAUUACCAUCUGAGCUCUGCCUCUUGUCAGAUCAGUGGCAGCAGUAGACUGUCAUAGGACUGUGAACCCUAGGGAUCUAGGUUGCGUACUCCUUAUGAGAAUCUAAUGCCUGAUGAUUUGUCACUGUCUCUCAUCACCCCCUGAUGGGACCACCUAGUUGAAGGAAAACAAGCUCAGAGCUCUCACUGAUUCUACUUUGUGCUGAGUUACAUAUUUCAUUAUAUAUUACAAUGUAAUAACGAUAGAAAUAAAGUGUGUAAUACUA